AUGGUGGAACGUCAGAGCUGGAAACUCCAGUUUCAUUCAAGAAACCAAGAUCUGUUCUCUUGUGAUGAGGAAGAGGAGAUGGAGAAGGAGAUGGAAGCUGAAGCAGAAACUGAAGAUACUGAGGAUGAAGAAAUUGAAGAAAUGGAUGGUUCACUUGAGAAGGAUCAUCUGGGAAAUACCCAAAAAGGAUUGCUUCUGAAGCUCACUUUGUUUCUAGCAGGCCUGAAGAUCUUUUGUGAAAGUGUAUUCAGUACUGCUGGGAAAGGGGUGACCAUGCUUCUGUUAGGCUUAGCAGGUAUAAUUCUACCUUCCGCAACUUCUGCAGUUUAUUUCUUCAUCUUCCUGGGUGUGUGCUCCUGGUGGUCUUGCCAUCGACCAAUCAGCCCAGUUGCCUUCAGCAGUUUGUGUGUUUUGAUUGCAAUAUUCAGUGCAAGUCACUUGGCUGCUUUUUAUCUGUACCAGCUGCCAUACUUUCAGGAACUGGUUCCUCCUGAAGACAUUUACGCCAGGGUCUUGGGCUUAGUACCGCUUAUUAAGACGAACAUCACAGUGCCCUGGAAACUUGAAGUUCAUCCUCAACUAAACUGGCCAGUGGCUUUGAAUCCUCUUGUGCUUCUUCUUCUCUACUAUGCCCUGGUCAUGAUGCUACCACAGUGGGCACUGCCUGCUAAGGUGACUUACGUUCCAAGUGGAAAGUUGCAAGAUGUUCUCUUACAGUGUCAAAGUCAGAGUAGCUGUGCAAAUGCCUACAUCAAUGAAGGAUACACCAUUUCCUUAUCAGAAGAGACAAUAUGCCCCGAAAAUACAGCAGAAACUGAUGAUGAAUAUGACGCUGGAGGAAAUGGUUCUAGUACUUUUUUAGCACUGGCACAAUUCAUUAUGAAUCAGAGCUAUGUCACUGCAUUGAUUGCCAUGAUGGUUUGGAGCAUCACUCAUAUCAGCUGGCUGACUUUCAUUCUGCUGAUUUGGUCUUGUAUCAUUUGGAUGAUGCGCAACCGUCGUCUCUACGCCUUGCACAGCUCACCCUUCCUUGUUGCCUAUGGAAAUGUCCUGGUGAUCCUUAAUUUCUUUGUAGGACUGAAUGUUUCACAGGAGGAACUGUUUCCUCAAGUUCCAACAUCAUUGCUUGUUGACUUGGAUUUGAAGACUUCUUCACUACCCUGUGUCCACUUGGGAGCCAAGAUUUUAUAUCUGUUGACCUUCUGGCUCUUGUUGAGGCAGCGCAUGGUCCAAAAGCAAAGGCAGAGGAAUGAAGAGGAAGAAUCACUCAAAGGAGUGGCAGUAGAUGAGGCUGCUGAAAUGGGCAAUCAGCACAAUAUUCUUUUGGACAUCCUUGGUUCUGUGCUCAAGGGGAUACUCGUAAAGUACUGGAUUUACUUCUGUUCUAUCAUGUUCUUUAUUGUCAGCUUCAACGGCAAAGUGGCCCUGUACAAAAUUCUCUACAUUGUGCUUUUUGUGCUUUGUGUGGCUUUGUACCAGGUUCAUUAUGAGAUGUGGAGGCGUUUUCUGAAGAGGUUCUGGCUCACAGUUGUCUCUUAUUCAAUGGUGGUGCUCGUUGCUAUCUAUGCCUAUCAGUUUGAGAUGGUUUCAGGAUUUUUCCUAAACACCUUGGAAAUAUCAGAGGAAAGACUGAAAGAUCUGGGUCUUGAGCGAUUCAGCACAAUGGAGUUGUUUGCAAGAAUCCUGCUUCCUGGUACUUUCCUUCUGGCUUGCAUCCUUCAACUUCAUUACUUCCAUGACGAUUUUCUGAAGAUAACAGAUCUGACCAAUAUUUCCAUCAGGCCAGUUUCUUCAUCCAGCAGUGACAACGAAACUGAGACCCCUGUGCGCUUUCUGGCAAAUAUGCUUAAGGAGAAUAUCUUGAAGCUGCAAAAUAGACUGGCUGCUGAACAGCUACAAGAUGACAUUCAGGAUGGAUUGGAGAUGCCUGAGUACUCAGCAGUUGGUGAAACCUCAGGAAAAGUGGAGAAGAUGAGUAACUGGGCAGAAGCGGUUGAGAGUGUGGUGCCUCACCUCCUGAAGUUCUUGGUAAUGGUUCAUGCAAUCCAGGCAUUUGCAUGGCGAUUUCUGGAGCUGCACAUCCUUAAGAUUAUGUCCUCUUGGAUUAUCUGGAUCACUGUUCAGGAGGUGUCUUUGAUGAACUAUCCUUUCUUCAUCCUCUGGGCAUUUGCUCUUCCGUAUUCCAAGCUUCGCCCACACGCCUCCAGAAUCUGUACGUUUUGGUCCUGUGUGAUAGUCAUCUGUAAAAUGAUAUACCAGCUGAAAUUUGUCAAGCCAUUGGAAUAUUCUUCAAACUGUACACAGGGGCUGCUUCCAAAUACGACUGAUCACUACACCAACAUGGACGAGUUAUUGGAGAAGUCAUUGUUGUACAUUGCGCCUGUUGACCCAGCACACUGGUUUGGAGGGCUGUUAAAGUGUAAUGACAAUGUUCUUCCGUGCCUCAAGUAUCACCUCAUCAUCCUGAUUCUAAUGGCUCUAGAGGCCACAGUGCACCGCCACCAGCUUUUCUACCAGAUUCAGAACCAGCUGAUGCCGCCUCCCACUGGGAGCAUUUUUUAUGACAUUGCCCGGGAGAAUCUGGAUGAUGGGCUCCUCAGUUGCAUCAAAUACUUUAUCAAUUACAGCUUUUACAAAUUUGGGCUAGAGAUCUGCUUUGUGGCUUCCAUCAGUGUGAUUAGGCAGCGUAUGGACUUCUAUGCCCUAAUCCAUGCCAGCUGGCUGAUUUACCUGUUGGGCUGCCGUCGGAGGAAAGCCAUUGCUGAAGUCUGGCCCAAGUACUGCUGCUUCCUUGCCAGCAUUGCAGUCUUCCAGUAUCUGCUUUGCAUUGGUCUCCCCCCUGCUUUAUGCCAAGAUUAUCCAUGGAGAACCUCUCAUUGGCUGCUCCAUUCAAAUCUGAUUAAGUGGCUGUAUCUGCCUGAUUUUGCCAAGAGGCCUGAUGCCACUUUUCUCCUGUACGAUUUCCUGCUUCUGCUCUUUGCCUCUCUCCAGUGUCAGGUGUUUGAUGAUGAGAAUAAGCCUGCUGUGAGGAUGCAGGCUGGAGACAAUGUAGAAAUCAGCCGAGGCCUUGACCCAGCUGGUCUCAGCGAAUACAGUCUGGUACCAGACUUCAUCCACUGCAGGUCUUAUCUGGAUUUGAUUAAAGUGAUUAUCUUCAGAUACCACUUUUGGUUUGUCCUUUGCUUGAUUUUUAUGACUGGGACAACAAGGAUCAACAUCUUCUGCGUGGGUUACCUUGUGGCCUGUUUCUACUUCAUGCAUUUUGGACGAAGCCUUCAGAUGAAGCCAGUCAAAGACAUACUCAGAUUAUGGGACUAUCUGAUUGCAUACACAGCUUUGGUUAUCACAGUGAAGAACCUUCUUGCAAUUGGAGCAUGUGCUUAUCUUAGUAAAUUACAAAGAAGCCAUUGUUGGUUAAUUCAGACCUUUGGUAUGUUCUGCACGAUACCAGGAUAUGAUGUAGAUCCACCUGAGGAUGAGACAUGUGAACUGCCUGAGAACAAAGCAGGAAUAACCUGGGAUGCCGUAUGCUUCACUUUCCUGCUGAUCCAGCGGAGAAUUUUUACUAGCUACUACUACCUCUAUUUUGUAGCAGAUCUUAAGGCUGCUGAGAUCUUAGCCUUCAGAGGAGGUGAGCUGUUUGAAGUAAAGCGGAAAAAAAUGGUGGUGCUCAGGAUGGGAGAAGAGAGAAAAUCAAUGCAAACCAUGAAGAGACAGAUGGACUUGAUCAACCCAAAGCAGAAAGAGCUCACCAACUUGGAGAAGUGGGUGCCGGAAGUAGAAGCUGGGCAGAAGUCUGAAAAAGAAAAGGAUUCAGAGGAUGAUGCUAACAAGAAGGAAAAUGAAGACAAGAAGACAUGGUGGCAGCCAUGGGCGUCUCACACUUCAAUAAUUCGAGGUGGGAGCUAUUGCCUCUUUGAGACGGAUAGCGAGGAAGAAGAGGAACAGGGGCCCACUGAAAAGAGUGAAGAAGAAUUCCCUAAGAAGAAAACAGCAUUCCAGCUUGCUUAUGAAGCCUGGAUGACCAGUUCAAAGUCAGCUCUAAAGAUGAGAGAGCGUGAUGAAAUCAGGGACCAGAGGAAGGAAGAGGGAGAGGAGCAGCACCAACUGGCAGCCAAUGCAAAAAUGGAAUCCUGGGAAGAAAAUCUGGAAAUAUCAGUCACAGAAGAGGACUUGGAUGAGUCAGAAAAUGUCAUGCAAAGAGUCAUCAACGUUGUCAAGUUCACUUGGGUUUUUUUCCAAGCGCUGCUGGAUGACACCACAGAAGCACUGAAUUCCCUUUGUCAGGAUAAACUGGAUGUGGCAAAUGUGCUGAGGAUAGAAAAGUGCAUGCUGUUGAGAGAGAUUCAGAAGGUAAAAGAGGCCUCAGCAGACAUUGUCCUCCAGUAUUAUAACCUUGAGAAAAGCCAGAUCAAUUACGGAGAAAGCAAAAUGGAAAUGACAGAGGUGGAUGAGAGCAAAGACAAGUUACCCAAACGCCCACUUGAGGAGAACAUGGAACCAUCACUUGUGCGCCUCCUCAGACCCAGCGAAGCCUCCAAGGGUGCGACAGGAAAUGAAAAUGUGGAAGAAGGGAGCUCUAAUGGCCCUUGCCCCCAAGAGUUCACUCCAGACUCUUUCUGUACAGAAUCUGCCAGUCUGGGCAGCCCUUCAUUAGAAAUGGAAGAAUCUACACGGUCCCUGUUUGCUAGAAGUAAAGAAGCAGGCAGGCCACUGAGCAGAGCGCCUUCUGCAAUGACAGCCAGUGAACUGCUUCUGAGCAGGACAUUUCGUGACAAUGAGCUGGAGCAGUCAGAUAAAUUCUACCAGAGCUUUCCUCGCCCCCUGAAGCUGCUAGUUGCUCUGUACAGUGCCAUGGUGUCUAACUCAGAAAUGCUGUGUUAUUUUGCGAUCAUUCUAAACCACAUGGUCUCCGCUUCCAUCCUCACUUUGAUUCUCCCUAUCCUGAUAUUUCUGUGGGCCAUGUUGUCUAUUCCAAGGCCUUCAAAAUUCUUCUGGAAGACAGCUAUCAUAUACACGGAGAUAACAGUUGUGGUCAAAUACUUUUCUCAGUUUGGAUUCUUUCCUUGGACCACUAAAGCAUAUUGUGGUAUCAAUGCAGAAGAGCCAUUAGUUCUGCCAAACAUUGCUGGGAUCGAGAAGAAGGAUGGCGGUGUACACUAUGAUCUGGUGCAACUGCUGGCCUUGUUCUUCCACAGGCAUAUCUUGAAGUGCUAUGGUCUUUGGGAUUCCAAAGGUGCCAAUGUACCAGGCUCUGAGGAAAAGAACCAGGCAGGGAGGCAAAGGAAGAAAGGACGCAGAGGCCAUCUGAAGAAAUGUCAAUCUGAUUCGGGAGCACAAUACCCUUUUAGAUCUCCAAGUCCCCUGAGGACCACCUCCAGAAGUGUUAAUGAAGACAAAGCUCUGAAGGAAGCCAAGAAGAAAUGGAGCUUUUUCAGGAAAAAAUCCACUGGUAGGAAGAGACUUACUAAAGCAACUAUAAAGCAGCAGAUGAGGAAGGCAAAGAAGCUGCUGACUGAAAUUGCUCUUCGGAUAUACCGGCCCAUAAAGCAGUUCUUCUGUGACAUUAUCCAUCCAGAAUGCAGCCCAGUCUGCGAUGUUUAUGCUCUCAUGUUCCUAGUGGAUGUGAUUAAUUUCAUUAUUGUCAUCUUUGGCUACUGGGCAUUUGGUAAACACUCGGCUGCUGCUGACAUCACAGAAUCCCUUUCAGAAGACCAGGUUCCUGAAGCUUUCCUUGUGAUGCUCUUGGUGCAGUUUGGGACAAUGAUAGUUGAUCGGGCCAUUUACCUGAGGAAGAACAUGCUUGCGAAGUGUGUUUUUCAGGUGGUCCUUGUCUUCGGCAUCCAUUUUUGGAUGUUUUUCAUCUUGCCUGGAGUAACAGAGAGGAGGUUUAACAGGAAUUCUGUGGCUCAGCUGUGGUACUUGGUCAAGUGCGUCUAUUUUGGUUUGUCGGCUUACCAGAUCAAAUGCGGUUACCCCAAACGGGUCUUGGGAAACUUUCUGACCAAGAAUUAUGACUGCAUAAACCUCUUCUUAUUCCAAAGCUUCCGCCUGGUACCUUUUUUGACAGAGCUGAGGGCUGCCAUGGAUUGGGUUUGGACUGACACCACGCUCAGCCUGUCCAGCUGGAUCUGUGUGGAGGAUAUCUAUGCAAAUGUUUUUAUUAUGAAAUGUUGGAGAGAAUCUGAGAAAAAAUACCCGCAGCCUCCUGGGCAGAAGAAGAAAUUGCUUCUGAAAUACGGGAUGGGAGGCUUCAUUGUCCUUGUACUCAUCUGCAUUGUGUGGUUCCCACUGCUUCUUAUGUCACUCGUUAAAUCAGUGGCUGGAGUAAGCAACCAGCCUUUGGAUGUAUCUGUCAAAAUUACCAUCGGUGGUUAUGAGUCCUUGUUCACCAUGAGUGCUCAGCAGCAAAAUCUGGUCCCUUUCACUCAUGCAGAGUACAAUGAACUCACCAUUCAAUACGCCCUUCAUCCUUCUGCCAUGCAAUUUAUUGUCAACUAUAGCCCAGAGGACAUCAUUGUUGCUAAAAUAAAAGACAAUGCCAGUUUGCUCUGGAACAUCAGUCCUGCCAGUCGGAAAGCCAUGAUUGCUGAACUCUCCAACUCCUCUGCAAUCUACGUAAACUUCCACUGGACACUUCUCAGGAAUGCCUCUCUUGUGAAGAAUAUUGAAGCUUCUGGCAUACACACCAUGCGGUAUGAAGAGAAGGAAAUAAGGGAGCAAAUUGUCCAAAUGCUCCGUGGGACCAGGAAAGAAGCAGUUCUACUUCCUGGUGUACUACCAAGAUAUCUGGCAGCUGGUUGUGGAGCAGAAGCUAAAAUGGCACAUAGGUUGCAAGUUGCUCAUACCAAUAAACCGAAGGACAUAGACAAGAUGGCCUUCUUCAGAAAUAUAACUAUAAAAUUGCAGCAGCUGCCUGCCAAGGAGCCUUUAAGCCGCGGUCCUGAAUGGUGGAUUGUGAAAGAGCAGAGGCCUGGCUGUUUGGGAAAAGGAUGCAGCAAGAACAUGGAAAUCUUCAUCUAUAAUGACAAAGUCAGCCCUCCCAGUCUGGGAUUCCUGGCAGGUCAGGGCAUUGUAGGCCUGUACAUGUCUUUCGUUCUGGUCAUUGGAAAGUUCAUCCGAGAGUUUUUCAAUGGAAUCUCACGCUCCAUCAUGUUUGAAGAGCUGCCUAAUGUAGACCGCAUCCUGAAACUCUGCAUGAAUAUCUUCCUGGCAAGGGAGGCAGGGGAGCUCAAGUUGGAAGAGCGGCUGUUUGCUAAACUCAUCUUCCUGUACAGAUCUCCUGAAACUAUGAUUAAAUGGACCAGGGUACUCAAGGAAGACUAAAACCAAGGGGUGGUGGCGGUGACGGCAGUGACAGAGGAGGCGUCACUGUGAUGGAAAUAAGGAAGACCACUGUACUGCAAGGAGUUAGUGAGGCACAGCAAUGGCCCCUCUCAUGCCCAGAUUUUCUUUUGGGGUCUGAACCCUUUAAUCAGCCAGCUGCGUUCCUAUCUUGUGUUCGGACACCUGCUGAUAAAGUUGGCUAACUGCUCAUCUAACGCUUAAUCCUGGACAACUCUGCGCAGGGUUUCAAAGUUAGCCACCUGUGGAAGGGGCUUUGCUGUUUAGCAGUCUCUAAGACAGUUUGCAAGAUAUAAAAGAGGCUUGGAAACUCUUCUCUGAGCGUCAGAGUGGAAUGAGACCAUGGAGGGUGCUAUGUGCUGGUCAUUACAGGAGUCCGUCUGUCACUGUCAGGGGUUACCAGUAACUGAAGACACAUGAAUUUCAAAGGGCGACAUUAGGGAAAAACCUUAGAUGGACAUGGAGAAGAGAUUGUCAAUUAAGAGGUGUAGAGGGGACAACCUCACUCAGUGUAACAUUAUGGAAAAUUCAUCUGGUUCAUGAUCUACUCAAUCUGAUGCAAGGCAGAAGUACAGACCACAUGUGUCAUUUAUGUUCCACAUAGCAUUGGACUCUAAAACCACAAGCUUUUUGAGCCAAAAAGUCAUGGAGAGAGCCUCAUGGUAGAGUACCUCACUGAUGUGACUUGGAGGCCCAAAUUCCUUACCCAGCAGAUGCCAUAUCCAUAACUUUUUUUCAUUUAAAAAUGUCCACUGGAUGCCAAACCAUCAAUUCUGCCCAACCACUAAACUUGGGGAAAUGAUUGGAAAUUGCUCCUUUAGUUCUGGUGAGCUCUCUGUUAACAUUUUAUUUUUCAUGCUACAAAUAAUUAUAAUUGCUGCAGCUUGGUUGUUCCUCCUCCUUUGUCUCCUCAUAAGGCCAGGUGGCCGGAGCACCCUGUGGGUGGCUCAGUGCUUAGGCCAUAGCCACAAAGAACAUAUAAACUUUCUAUGCUGCAUCAGACCAAGAGUUUAAUCUAGUCCAGUCCCCAAGAAGUCUAAGUGUAGCUCACAAGAGAAGAGGGCAAUGCCCCAUUGCUUGCCUCCAAGACCUGCUAAUGAGAGACCUACUGCCUCCAAUUCCAUUUAGCUGCCAUGAUGGCUCACGGGAAGCUGUCAACCUUUUUCUCUACAUACAUCUAGCAGUGUCUGUGUGUGAUUUGCCUGGACCAGAUGUCUGAUUCAAUAAGCUCACACCUGUCUUGAGAUGAGAGUAGGAAGGAUUUUAUUCUAGUGUGGUUAUCUCCCAUAAAAAUGAAUGCAGUUCAUCAGCAGAAGACCGUUAAGGAACAUAAUGGAGAAAUGCACCACCCCACUCUUUGGGUCACAUCCAUAAUGGUCAGCCAAAAAUUUAACAUGCAAGAGUGGCAGCUUAGGAAGCUUUUUUUAAAAAUGACUUUUUGGAAAAUAAGGCCUCCCUUAGCACCAUGCUGAGAUGCCACUAACUGAAUAAUGCGGAGCCUUAAGCAGCUUCAUCCCAGAGUUGCUACCUUGCAAAUUAAAAAGCAGAUGCAUGCCUUUAAAUCUCUCAGUACUGUGCAAGACAGGACCAUUGCAGUGCCUUCCUUCUCUCCCCUCUGCAGCCCUGUGCACAUCCCUUGCCAAGCAGAAUUUCAGAUGUGCCGCACAGCAGCCGAGAAACAGACUAGAGAAAGAGAGGGCAAGAGCUGCCUCAUCUCCCACCGCGUUGGGUUUAAAGGCUUGUACCUGACUGUCCAAGGUGUGAGAUGGUAAUCCUAUUUCUUCCGCCUCUACUGUUGAAUUUUGAAAGGCAGAGGAGCUGGGAGAACAAAGCCCUGGAGAACUUACUCCAAAGACUUCAUGGGCAUCAAGAAGUUAAAUUGUUGCAUUAAUAGGCUCAGGUAUUUAUGAAAGGGACAUAGUGGAAGAGAGAUACCUGCCCCCCCUUCUCAAUUAAGGCUGGAAGCAGCGAAGUCAUCAUCAGUUUGGUACAAAACCCUAAGCAGAACACAGCCUUUUGCUAGAAUGAGAUGGAGAAUCAAAUGUGAGCAAUGACAAAUUGAUUUUUGUUUUGCUUUUGGUCAUUUCUGACAACAUGGGUACUUUUGUGGCUUUGGAGACCCUUCAGUGCAAAGUGAGGUAAUUCCGUGCGCCCUCUCUGACAAAGUGGUUUUGGUAAGACACUAAACCAAGCGACGCCUCUUGGAAUCUCUCUCCAUGUCAUCUGAUGGGGAGUCUCCACUGCAAUCCAACGGAGACACUACGUUCAGCAGAGGGUCUUCAGAGGCCUGGCCAAACAGGGAUAGCAGUAAAGCUACGCCGUAGCCAGUGGCUCGUUCGCCCUGUGAACAAACGCAGAGGAUGGUCAGAUGGUUGACCGUGGUAAAUUCCAACAGUGCAUGCAGGAGAGACACUGAAGAAAAAGACUUGGAACAUUGGCUAUGAGUGUUUGUGUGUAACGUGGUUUAAAUAAAGAAAUCUGAAUGGAAUGAGGCACACAAAUCACAUCAAUAAGCAACCUAAGACCAUAAUCUUAUUUCCAUUUACCUGGGAAUAAGACCCACUGAACUAAGUAUUUCUAAGUAGGCAUGUAUAGGGAUGCACUGGAGAACGGGUUGAUUUUUUAUGCAUGCACUGCUAAUGGUUUUACUAGCAUAUCCUGCUAUAUACACAAAAAUAAGAAAUUACAACUUUAAAAAAAUCAAUCACUUUGGGUGGUAUCCAGUUUGGCUGCAUAAUGGAACUUCCUUUCUCUCUCCUCCCCCUGCCCCCUCAAAUCUGUCUUAGUAAGACUUUCGAGCUUGGACUCAGUCUUUGGCAACAAUGUAGCCUAAUAGAUGCUGUAUUGAAAGUUUUAUACGUUGAAGUUCAAGGUUUCUAUACUUUAUAUAUUAAUUGUAUACCACAAUAUAUAUGUAUUUCUGAUUUAUGAUUCUGAUAC